CAACAACAUACGUACAUUCAAAAUGGCGUUCUCAAGAAUGCAAAGAUGUAUUAUUCUCAUGUCAAAACAAAAUAAGGUUUGUAGUCCGUUAAAGUAUUUACCCAGGAGACCAGAAUAAUGAUCUGUUUUUGAUCUGUCGAUUCAUGCAGUACAUAUUUUUAAAUAUGCAAAAAUGUUUGACUAGGCAAAAUAUAGACUAAUUUAACUAGUAAACUACUAAAGUCCAUCAAGUUAACAAUUAACAUCAACGGUUGGUUUAUAGCCUUCCUGGUCCUUCCAGGUUGCAGUUUAGGUGCAGGUUUAUUGAAUCCCCCUGAUUUAAUGCCAUAACUAGCUUAAUUAUUUUAUAGCAUGAAAACAUUAUGCAGACCUGUCAACUCUCCCGGUGCCGCCGGGAGACUCCCGGUUUUGACCUUUUUCUCCCGGUAUCAAGAUAUUUUCUCCCGGUUGCUUGUUUUAAUUGUUACAAGGUAAUGGAAUAUUUUCCAGAUUCAAAUAUCUGGCAAGAAAUAGUAGUCGUGUGAAAAUCACUCGUGUCCAAGCUGAAACUUACUCCAUGAACUACAAGUGUUCGGCUUUUUUAUCCACUUUCGCACUAUAAGCGAUAUAAAGUAGAUUAUUGUAAGGAUAUGAGAUGUAACGUGGGAUCUCGAAAACUAGUUGCAUUCUUGCCAUGUUGGCAUUAAAUUAAAUUAAACAAGUUGUUGAAGCGAAUGCAUGCAAUUAUAAUGAUUAUAAAGCCGGGAAAAUGAUUAGAAUUUUUUACUGUUUUGAACACUGCAUAUGACUUUAAUUUUGCUCUCCCGUUUUUUGAUAAAAUCUCACAGUUUUUUAAGGGCUAAAAAGCGAAAUCUCCCUGUUUUAAAAUUUUAAGAUUGACAUGUCUGAUUAUGCAACCCGAAAUAUAUUCAGUGGGAUUGUAAAUUACUGGCUUUUUUCGAUUGAGUGGUGGAGUGGUGUUGAGAUGGAGUAAGUUAGCCUCGAACCUAGAAAAUUUUGAAAAUUACAUACCCAGAAAGUUCAUUUCCAGCUAUUUCCCAAAAUAAUUUUGUUUGACAGUUACCAUGUGCCAGUGUCGAAAGUUUGUACUGCACGCCCGAGAUAUCGGGUGCGCAAUUUUGAUGCUUUCUAUAUAUUUCCUAUAAAUUAACAAGCUUUCCAGUCAGGACCAUGUGUAUAUUGCUUGAUGGUAGGGAGAUAUAUAUUUCUGUGGAACACAUGUGUAACUGAAAAAUUAGUGAAGAUUCAAGAUUGCCAAUGAUUAUCAUAUUGUAAAAGGACAAUUACACAAAGUAUCUAUUGGCCAAGCCAAACGUUAAUACUCUACUUUGAAAAUCACGUAGACAUGCUUAAAACUUCAACACUGUAGAAGCCCAACUUUAGCACUUUCAAAACUAAUAUAUUUCACCUUUCAAAACUGAUAAUUUUGGUUAAGCCAAUGGCAGUGCCAUGACCAUGUAACUAUUACUAUUUAUUAGAGUACUAGUGCAGGGGGCUGAAGCCCCCCCCCAAAAAAAAAAUUAUGUUAAUACACCCUUCCAGAAAGUACAUCACUUUAGCUAAAGAGCCUCGUUCAUGUGACGCUAGUUAAAGCCCAAAGUUUCAAUCACAAAAACGUGGCUCUUUAGCCAUUGUGACAUACUUUCCAGAAGCCUGUAUUGGCAGCAGGGAGCUGAAGACGGUCCCUGUACAAUUUGAUUGAUGAGUAAACUGAAUGCACAAGUAGCCCAUUGUAUAAUCUAUGCAUGAUAUGUGACAUACAUUAAUUUGCUAGCAGAGGCAUGCAGUCUCUGAGUGCCCUCUAAUUAAUCAAGUGAUGACUGAUCAAUUACAAUCAAACGAGGCUGUCGACAGUUGUUCAUAAUGUUUGUAAUCUUAAAUUUAGGAGCGGAUCUACCGUGGGGGGAGGGGCGGGGUGCAGCACACCUAGUGGUGUCUAUCAUCACUCUAGAGGAGUCCAGCACAACCCUAAAAAUAUCUGCUUGACCACACAUUUUCUGCUUUUCGCAUAGCCAUUGGCAGAACUUCUACUGUUAGCGUGUGUAGAUUUCUUGAAACAAUUUUAUUGAUUUCUGAGCUCACGAGAAAAUACUCGUUCACAUAGAGAAAUCGUUGCUCAUAUCAUUGAUAUAGAGUAAUAAGUAAAUUGAUGUGCCUGUAAAUAUUCUAAUAACGUUCUUAUCAUGUAAAUAAUUGAAGUAUUUUGCCUUAUUUUUGCAAAUAGCUCUUAAGUUUUCUAUUUUUGCACACGCCCCUCGUAGAAAUCAGCUUCGGUUGACGAGGUCAUCGUGUAUAAAUAAAGUUUUUAGUUGUUAUUCUGGAUUAUAUUGAAGUAUUGUAAACAGUUUUAAUACGAUUCUAUACAUUAAAUAAAACGAUAAAAAUUGUAAUAUAUUGUGUGGAAUAUCGAGUAACAUAAAUUUUGGAGGUCCCACCGGGACGAAAAUAUGGAAGCACACUCAGUGAAUUUUGGUGUAUGUUUUGAUCGAAGAAAACAGCGAAGGUACGCUUAUGUUUUAAAUUAACGUUGAGACUUGAGAGUAUUUAUUGUCGCAUAUUUCACUGGAUUGGGUUCAAAAUGGAUGAAGAAGUUAUGAUAGAACUCCAGUCUUGUAUACUCGGGUUAAAUAUAACAGAUUUAAAAGAUUUUGGUAUAAAAAUGAAGUGGCUCAUGAUCACCGUUGAGACAACAGAAGGCAUUUGAAGGGAAAUUCGAACUGAUUAAAGCGAAGCGAGCAAGUGUUAGGAAAACGGUUUUUCAGACCUAGUGGAAAAAAUCAAGUCGCUUUUGUAUGAGCAAAUGUUAGACAAAAGUAACGAAAGCUCAGAGGAAGCCGAGAAGAAAAAAUUAGUGAACCCGAACAGAAAGACAAAAUGACCUAUCAGUCGUUAAUCUCGCAGAUCGAAGCCGGGUUAAAGAAAGGCUAUACGGAGCCCGAAGUAGUUACUGCAGUUAUUAACUCGAUUCAAGGAUUACAACUACGCAGCUACUUGGAGGGACUGAGUGGAUUAACCCUGCCAAAACUACGCAAAAUGUUCCGUUUCCAUUUUCAGGAGAAGAGUGCCACCGAGUUAUACCAGCUCUUAGCGAAUAUUAGCCAACUACCAAAGGAAUACCUGCAGUCAUUCUUUAUUCGCGCUUUGACCACUCGGCAAAAGAUUGUCUUUGCAUCACAGGAAUCGGACAGUAAAAUUAAGUAUGAUGAAGAAUUAAUUCAAGGACUAUUCGUUCAUGCUGUCGAAACAGACUAACUGGUCUAGCGGAUGAGACUAUUCGUGCAAAGAUCAGGCCCCUGUUAAAAAAUCAUUCUGUGGCUGACGAAGGUUUAAUCGAGGCGAUGAGCUUAGCUAUGUCGGCAGAAUCGGAGUGAGCUAACAAAUUUACUCAAGGAAAACCGGCUAGACCGUCGACAAAGAUAUCAGAAGUGGAAGCUGUGGCCAGCGGUGAACCAAAGGAAAACAACCCAAGUAACCAGCACGAAAAUCAGAUUCUGGCGACACGCAAGGCCAUAUACAGUCAGAACUGAACAGUGCUCAAUCGGAAGUGGCAAGCCUCCAGAGGGAAGUUGGUGACAAAGACUACCCUCGUAACCAUCUUCCUACAGAAGGUGGAGCCAGAAGUGACACCAUGUUGCGAACCAGAAGUCCUUAUCCCAGACAAUAUAAAUCGUGUUACGAAAACAAACAAGCGGAUUACUCCCAUUGCUUUAAGUGUGGCAGACCCAACCAUACUGUACGCUACUGUCGGUCGGGAAAAGGCCGCGGCGACCACCCACGAGACAGGGAGUAGCCCUCCAGUAAAGAACACGUCCCGCUAUUGUAACUGUUGUCAGAAAGAAGAAGGAGAUGUAAAUUUUAAACGUUGCUCCGCUUGUAAGUUGAUAUAUUAUUGUUCGACUGGAUGUCAGAAGAGAUAUUGGAAUGACCACCAAUCACUUUGUAAAGUUAUUCAAGAUUUACCACAUGCCAAAGGACUUGGUGAUGGUUGUGACUCCAGUGUUUUUGUUAGUCACAUAACCCUUAAACAGCAAGCUGCUUUUAUAAAUUAGUUGGUAGAAAAUGUUCUGUUAACUAGCUGUUGCCUAAAUGAUAUAAAAGUAACAACCCUGUGGGACACUGGAGCUCAAGUCUCUACAAUUACAGAACACAUCUUGAAACAACAAUUGCCUGACUUGACGAUACGGGAUAUUAACGAGUUACUGGGCGUGGAUUCUGAUAUUAAGUUGAAAGGUAGCGAAGAGAACGAAGAUAGCUCUAGAUAUUAUGGGUCAGUCGAAAGCAUCAACAACAGGAGAAAAAGAAGAUCAUGCAAAUCAGGAAGAAAGUGUUGCACCAAAAGUAGAUCUCAGCGGACUCACACCCGAACAGCAACAUGUCGUCCGAAAAAUGUUGUGCGAAGAACGUGACGCUUUCGUUGAAAAUGACAUCGGUUGCAUACCAGACCUGCAAAUGAACAUCAACCUGACAGAUACGCGACCGGUACAAAAGAUUUAUACAGCUAUCCCUUGUCCCCUGCACCCUGAGGUCAAGCAUUACCUCGAAGACCUGCUCAACAAGAACUUUAUUCGCAAAUCUAUGUCACCCAUCUAUUCCAAGCAGCGUUGUGUGCGUGAGGAAGAAAGAUGGGGGAAUAAGGUUAUGUGUUGCCUAUCGAGAGUUAAAUAAGAUCGCCACCCAAUCCCCGGAAUCCAGGAGACAUUGGAGAAUCUUGGAGGCAAUGCAUGGUUCAGCACGUUAGACCAGGGCAAGCUUACCAUCAGGGCUUUGUAAGCCCCGAACGCCAAUCAUUAACUGCCUUUACAACUCCGUGGGGGUUGUACGAGUGGGUAAGGAUACCAUUUGGUUUGACGAACUCACCUGCCAGCUUUCAACUUUUUAUGGAGGGCUGCUUUGGAGAUCUGCGCGACCAAGACUUAGUAUGUAUCCCCUACUUAGACGAUAUAAUUGUGUUUUCAAAAACAUUCGAGGAGCACGUGGGACAUGUUCGACAAGUCCUCCAGCAGUUGCAAAGUCACGGCGUGAAACUAAAACCUGGUAAAUGUAAGCUAUUCCAUAGAGAAGUUUCCUUCCUUGGUAUCUAGAGUGAUAUCGAAAUCCGGAUACUACAUCGAUCCGAAAGCCACUGAAGCCGUGACAAAAUUAAAAGAUAGCAUACCGAAAACAGUAGGUGAAGUUCGACGACUCAUGGGCUUACUCGGAGUGUAUCGCCGCCAUAUCAAAGAUUUUGCCAGGAUUGCAAAACCCAUCAGUAUACGAACUGUUAGAUGGAAAGCAUCAAAAAGUGGGACCACCACCAACUAAUGGUCAACUCCUAUCGAAACAUCCAGUAAAGUGGAUUACGAAACAACUGCAAUGAGCAAGCUAAUGGAGUGUGUCACAUCACCACCCAUCUUAGCAUAUCCCGGCUACAACACCCCAUUCGUAGUUCGUACCGACGCUUCACAGCACGGACUCGGAGCGGUUCCAUAUCAAAAACAAGAGGGAACUUUGAGGGUAAUUGCAUACGUCUCGCGUACCUUGAAUCCGGCCGAGCGUAACUACCACCUCCACGCAAGGAAACUGGAAUUCCUAUCACUGAUAUGGUCAAUUACGGAAUUAUUUCGUGAUUACCUUUACUAUUCCCCUCGCUUUAUCGUUUACACGGACAACAACCCGUUGUAACUGACUGACUGCAAUUAUAUAACUACUUACAAAAAUUAUGUAGCUUUUACAGCGCAUGGUUUAAUAUGUAACCUAAUUUAUUUGAUAACACAGAGUAUUGCAAAGCACCUGCGUUGUAAAAGGCGGACACUUGGAUCACUUUCUGAAGAACAAAAGGAGAAUUUAGCAAAAGGGCCAAGCCUUGCAGACUUUAUCUCUGAAGAUGUUCCUACAGACUUCAAUCCAUAUAAGAGAAUUAAAGGGAAAAGGUUAGUUUUGAAAUUUCAAUAAUCCUACCAAUACAGUACACCCAUCAUCAAAGUGCAUCCUCUUGGCUAUACAUGCAUGUAGAACUUAGUUUUUGUGAUUGAAACUUUGGCCUUAGAACCUUUUGCCAUGUUAUUACUGGCAACAUGUAACAUUAAAAUGUAAAACAACUAUACAUCGAAUUAAUAUGUAAUUCUCAAUAGACUUUAGAAGUGCUGACGUCACGUAAUUUUCAAAUAAUGAAUUACUGACUCAAACGUAUCCCACAAUGCACUGUGCAUUCCAGAAGUCCUCUGCAUUGAAAAUUGUGCAACGUAUGCAGUAUGUAUAUCUGAGGUGUAUUAGUUCGAGUGUUUAUUAUUCCACUAACCAUGUUGCCAGGGGCGGAUCUAGGAUUUUUCGUACGUUAGUCAAAAAUUUCGUUGCUGAACAUCGGGGGGGGGGUCGCAAAGCGAAUUAAUUUGUAUCCAGUUUUACGAAAAAAUGUUACGUGAAAAAUGACUGUUUCGCCCAAUUCAGUGCUCGUCAGCACGCCUAGGAAACACAUAACUCCAUAUUUUGUCCUUAAUUUGCAUGAAUGGUCAAAAGAUUUUCAAAUAUAGCGAUGUAGUUUUAUAAAACAUUUGAUUGAUUGUUAAUUCGCAGGAAGAGAAUUUCCACGUUUAAUUCACUGCUUCUCGAGACUCGAGUUUUAUUCAUAGCAGAAACAUGUGCCAUGAAUAAGUUAUCACAAUGGCAACAUGAUCCAUUUUACUUAUUGUAUACAUGUUGUAGAGAUCGUAUUACACAAAGCCAUGCACAUUGUCAUGUGCUUGUAGUUUUAAUAUACUAGACAACUAGGCAUAAAUAAUACAGUAUUAUAAGUAUCUGAUCAAUAUAUAAAGCCCACAUUUCACAAGAGGCAUAAACAAAGUAUAAACAAACUGAAACUGCUUGUAUUAAGCCGCAGUAUCAUGUAAAGUGACCGAAAUAUUAUGUAAAUUUCGUCUCUUAUUACGUACAGACGCGCAACCACUACAGCCUACAACAGCUAUGAUGCUAUAUCAAGUUAAAAUAGAAUAUAUUUACCUUAAGGCCGUACAAAACGUUUUCGUUCUCUCUCGAACGUACUUCGGGAUGUAAGAUUCCGCACCAAAAUUUCGCGGUGCGAGGAAGAAACUUGUGUUGUUCACACUUCACAGCGCUCAAUAAGUCUUUAGAACGCUUCGGGCAGCCUUUGCGGUUUCGUAAAUACCAACAGACAUGGCUAGUAUUAGUUUAGAACUUCUGAUAAAUUUUCCGAUUGCCAUAAAACGCACAUGCUAUAAAAUCGGCGGGUACGCGUAUAAUAAUAAGAGACGAAAUUUACAUAAUAUUUCAGUCAAUUUUACAUAAAUACUGCUGCUUGAUCAGAAAGAUCCUGCAACGUCAUAGACCUUUCCGUGCAUACUAUUAGCCUGAACGGUAUGAUCGAUCAAAAAAAUCCAGCCAACGGGAAUUGAGGAUUUUUUUGAAUUAGCCAAUCGGAUAGCCUGUAUUCGAGCCCCUGAUCGCUUUAGCGAUCAGAACUCCCCACAGAUCGCGCAAAAAUCGAGAUAGCCAAUCAGAUAGCUGGAAUCUGACUCAGAGCGUGCAAAACUCAUGCGUAAGACCGCUUUUCUGCGCGUUCAUGUUCGAAGGCCUUGCUACUGGAUGAUAUCUUAGAACUGGACUGUUAAACUUUCAAUACAAUACACUGCGCGAAGUUUGAUAACUGGACUGCUAUUUUAAUUUAACAAUUUUCUGCCGGCCAAUUUUUACCUUAGUCGCGUGAUCGCUCUGAUCACCCCUAGAUCCGCCCCUGCAUGUUGCUGUCUACAUGAAAUAUGUCAAGAGUUGUGUCUGAAAAUACAGCAUCAAGACCCAGAGGUCAAAGUUUCUUGGACUAUUGACCCCCAACACCUCUGACAGGUUAACACUUUGCCUUGUUAGUCUACUUUGAGCUUGAAAUUUGGGAAAUACAGAAUUUUUGAAAUUUGGGAAAUACUGUACAGAAUAAAUACUCGCCUUGACACAAAUUGAAAGUAAAGCGCACAAGGGUGCAAAAUGGCAAAACAGGUUUAAAUAGGACAAGUGGUGAAAGUGUGGUUUGCCUUGACGCAUAAAAUCGUCUGUUCGUAGACAAGGUAAAAUAACAAAGUACAGUAGGACGCAUUGUUUUCCAGGUUACGGUUACCACCGUGGCUUAAAACAGAAAUUCCAAUCGGAAAGAAUUAUUACAGGCUGAAGGAAUCUUUGAGAGGUCUUAAUCUGUCCACGGUAAGUUCAGUUUGAGUGACGACACAUAUUAUCACCAUGAUCAGUGGGUAUUGUGGGUGCAAAUACUGUUAUAAAGCAACAAGUUCCAACCUAGUUGCUGUAAAAAAUUUCAAUUCAUUGACAUUUUUGCUAGUCAACUCCCAACAACUCUCAUGCAACCUUUGUUCGCGUUUGACCAGGGCAUGAGAGUUGAGAAAACUCUCAUGCAACCUCUCACUGUCAUCAACUCACGUUUGACCAGGGCUUAGCUAAAAGGAUAUCAGGCUUUCAUAGAUAAAUAUUCUUGUUCAUCUUAGUUAUUUACUGUUUGAAAUAGCUGGAAUCUGAGCCUAUAGUGUCCACCUGAUUCGAUCACAUAUACAGUCUAAUUUAAAGAAAACGUACGUUCAUAAUCCAAAAAUAUGUAUCGGAUGGCAUCGAGCAUUAGCAUACAUCCGCUGAAUGGCUCCAUUCAAGUAUUGUGGCUUGCAUUGUAGGUAUGUGAAGAAGCGAAAUGUCCCAAUAUUGGGGAAUGUUGGGGAGGAUCUGAUGGUCAAACAGCAACUGCGACGAUCAUGGUAAUACAUGGUGGUUUAGGUUACAUUAAUGUCAUUGAUUGAUAACACAAUUAUUGUAAACAUAGAUUAUACAGUCAGUUAUAUUUCUCAUUUCUAGUUACUAGGUGACCAGUGUACGAGGGGAUGUCGGUUCUGUUCAGUGAAAACAAACAAAAAGCCACCACCACCGGAUCCAAUGGAACCAGAAAAUACAGCUACAGCAAUUUCAAAAUGGGAACUUGGUUAUGUUGUUCUAACAUCUGUUGACAGAGAUGGUUAGCAUUGUAUCUUUUUUGUCGACCUCAAUAUCAAUAACUAGGGAGAUGCUAAGCAUCACGGGGCGAGCCAGAGCAAUCAUAGCCAGCAACUAUCAUGCAACAAUGAUGACUAAUGUCAACCUUUCUUGUUUCCGCACUUUAAUUAAUUAAACUAUCAUUGGUAUUGCAAUGUAGUGUCGAAAUUUCAAAGGCAAAACUCUUAGUAUUAUAAAUGUUGGGAAUUGUAUUUCUAGCCGUGUAUUAUGUCUGAUAUUUUGUUCAAAGGCAAAACUCGUAGUAUUAAUGUUGGGAAUUGUAUUGCUAUCCAUGUAUAAGGCCUGUUCUAAACGUCGCAUUUUACAUGUGCCGAAUGCAUUCAAAACAACAGAUAAUCAGCUAAAAUGCCUCAUUAUCCAUUGUUUUGAAUGCAUUCAGCGCAUGUAAAAUGCGACGUUUAAGGCCGUUUUCCACUAGGCGGAAUUUUCCGCGCGGAGCGGAAUUUUUCUUUGUCUUUUCUAAUUAGUUCCACUCGAGAAAUCACAAGACAAAGAAAAAUUCCGCUCCGCGCGGAAAAUUCCGCCUAGUGGAAAACGGCCUUAAGAAUGGGCUUUAUAUUUGAUAUUUUGUUAAAACAUUAAACACGUUAUUGAAAUCACAUUUUUUUCCAUCGUUCAUGCAUGAAAUAUUGAAAUAAAUAAUAUAGAAAUGGUUGAAUGCAUGGUUUUUGGCACGCGCGCUAAAAAUAGCAGAUACAUACAUGGCCCUGCAUGCAAACAAAACAUUUAAUACGUACAAAGCCGGAUUGCAAAAACUUGCAAAUAAGGUCCAUAGUUUCAGAGAAGAAUUACAGAAUAUUCAGCCCAAAUCAAAUCGAAAUCGGGCUUUGCAUCAGAGUUUGAACCGCAACUCACUCAGAAAUCGAGUAAAGUAAAAAUUGCGAUGGGCUUAAUACUGACCACUGUAAAUAAUACUGACCAUUCCAACUUCCAAAUGUUCUUUGGCAUGAAGAAUAUAUUUCAUCGCAUGAAAAAUCGUCAGCCGGUGAGAGGCGAAAGGCCUGUAGAAUUUACUGUAAAUCACUGCAGUGUAGGACUGAAAGUUCUCAAAAUAGCCGGUGCGAGGCGAAAGGCCGGUAGGAUUUAAAUCACUGCAGGAAAAGUUCCGUGUACGUACGUACGUACGUACAACUGACCGUAAUGCAUUGCGCUUGAGCUCGAUGAGCCACCAAACUGUGGGGCUCGCUCAGGCUCGCCCCAAUUAAUAAAAACUAAAGAUUAAUUAGAUCUAGAAUUAUUUCUUUAAUUGCAGAUUUACCAGAUGGUGGCGCUUCACAUUUUGCCGAGACAGUUAUCAAAAUCAAGGAAAAGUAACUAUGUAGUAGUAUAAAAUUUUUUACUACCUUCCAACUUCCAUAUUUUAUGUACUAUUUAAAACAUGGGCAGCAGUGUUUUUUAUCGGAUAUAAAGAUACGAGGCAAAGCCGAGUAUCUUUAGGUCUGAUAAAACACGCACUGCGAAUGUUUUAAAUUGCUUCAAAAACGAUCGAUCUAGUAAGUUCAUUGGCGAAGUAAUUUUCAAAAAAUACGUUGUGUAAGUCGAGAAAAUCAAAGUUAAAGUUUAUGUAAAUCAAGGGAAAUCUCUAUCACAUAUUAUAUAAAGAUACGACACGCUUAUGAUUUUUCUUUGUGUUUUCUUCAUGAAUUAUUAAUGAGUAUUUGAAUGUUAAAUUGAACUUAACUCUAAAAUACGCGAUUCUCAUUGGUUAACUUUCACAUCAAAAGUAGGAAAUGUGAGUAUAGGAAACGUGAUGUUUCCCUUCCAGGACAAAAAUGAUCAUGCGUGAUGUAUCUGAAGCGAAACGGUGUUCAAAGAAGAAGUUGUUUCUGACCAUAAUCAACCCCCAUACGCCCUUGGUGGUUGCCAGAAUACUGACAUUUAAAAACUAUUCAUUGACAAACUGGCUGACAGCUCGAUCGUUAAAGAUGAUUUCCAUUCCGUUCUGCGCAUCAGUUCUGCUCAUAACAAAGGGGACCCCAGAUAUAAACAUUGCCCAAAUAUUGUGUCUUUCGACGUUUCUGAAACGUACAGUUUAUAUCAUUUACAAGCAUAGCGAACCAGAGAAGUGUUAGAUAUUCAGUUAGUAUAUCAUAUUUUACAAAUAUAGCAGUUCAAAACAUAAACAAAGUUCGCGCAUGUGCACAGGAGUGACAUCAUCUUUAACUAUUUUCGAAUUAUUGACUGAUUUCCUCUACUGUUUCUAGAAACCCAUCACUGUUGGUUGAAUGUCUCACACCAGAUUUUCGUGGAAAUUUAGACCAUGUAAAAAUAAUUGUGGACUCAGGAUUAGAUGUUUACGCACAUAACGUAGAAACUGUGGAUCGACUUCAGCUGUAAGUAUAUUAUAUUUGGCAUUAUAAUAUAGCAUAAUUUGUAAAUUCUUAAAGAGCCAUGUUGAUAUAACUUAAUGUCAACACGGUUCGUAUUGAUAACAGUUCAACACUCGUGGAAAUUGGGAAAACUCGAAAUUUCCCAAAUUUCCACUCGUGUUGAUAUAACUGUAUAUCUAACUCCAUGUAGUUAUAAUUUAUCGAACUUGAUUCAUAGGCAAACACAGGCAAUACGUGGCACUGUUUUGUAAUAAAUGCCCAAUAGCCCAAAGGCAAAAUCUGGCUUUGGAAUUAACUUUAAAUAUCGGUUCGUUGGAGAAUUUUUAGCAUACACUCGAAGGCGUUUGUUGAAAUUACUCGUCUCAUGCCUCGUCAGAGCUGAAAGAUGUGCGUCAGCACCGCUGCCAGGAAAUUUUUAACAAAAUAUCUUGAAAUCGUCUUACAUCUGGAAAGGAAAUCGUCUUACAUCUUGCAGGAAAUUUUUGUCAUCUUAUAAACUGGAAUGCCACAUUAUUUACAAAAGCGUUUUGCAAGUCGAGAUUGUCUACCACAAUUGUUCAUCACAAUGUGUGGCACCAUAUUGUAUUUGACUUGCACAGGAAAGUUUUAUUUUGGGAUUUUGCUGCCAGGAAGAGAAAUAUAUAUUUCUAGGCCUGUGCCUCGUUUUGAACACAUUUUUUGGCGUUUCAAUUCACUAUAAAAACACCUUAUCUUAUUUUCAUUACGUCAUCGAUAUCCUGUAUCCUGUGUUAGUACUAUUUACAACAUGAGCGGCCGUGUUGUAUCGGAUAUACAAACUCGAGCCGAAGGCUAGAGUUUGUAUAUCCGAUACAACACGGACGCGAAUGUUGUAAAUGGCUUAAAAAACGACUCAUCUUAUGAGUUCAUUGGCGAAGUAAUUUUAAAAAUAGACGUUGUCUAUUCCGAGAAAAUCAAAGUUAAAGUUUAUGUAAAUCAACAUGAAUCUGAAUCACAUAUACAGACUUCUUCACGCCCAUGAUUUCUUUUGUGUUUUCUUCAUGAAUUAUUAAUGAGUUUUUUAAUUUGUGUACACAGUGUCACCUCUUGAUAGAAUAUGAACGUGGUGGUUUUUACCCUUUAAUCUUCCUGUUUUAGGCUUCUACGCGACCCCAGAGCCGGGUACAAACAGUCUUUAAAUGUAUUACGUCGUGCAAAGAACGCCAGAGCAGACAUGGUUACGAAGAGUUCAAUCAUGUUGGGUGUUGGAGAAACCGAUGACGAGAUUUUACAAACUAUGAAAGGUGCUCAUUCGUAGAAUUUCCAAACCGUUGAUAAAAUCUUCACAAAUAUUGAAUUUAUUUUUCAGCUAUUUUGCAUGCAUAGCAACAUCACUGAAUUCUGAUCGGUGGAGAAAAGAACAAUAAUUCCUUUUUUUGCUAUACAAUAACCGAAAUCGAUUGUUUGUUCACUUCGGGUUUUUACAACUGGAGAAUUCGUGAAAAUGGCCAUGUAUCCCAGAUUUGAUACCGAGAUAGCAAUAUUUGGGUAAAAUUAUUGCACAGUAAUAUCAAUAUAACAUUAGGUUUUCUACUUCUUACUCUAGACCUCAGGGAAGCUGACGUGGAUUGUUUAACACUUGGACAGUAUAUGCAACCUACAAGAUUACACUUGAAGGUGUGGUGAUUGUAUACACCUUUUCGAUAAUUACGUCAUGACUACUUUCUUGGCCUGGGAGCCUCGUUCUCAUUAACCAAGAUGAAAGUCCAUUGGCUCACGAUUCAUGAGAACGAGGCUCCCCAGGUCAAAGAGAUUUGUGACGUAAUUAUCGAAAUGGUGUAUUACAUGAGUGGUAUUACUUGUAAUCGUUAUUAAAUAAAAUUUAGUUUCUUCAUUUUUACACUCUUGUACUGUAUAUUGAUAACUGAGACAAAUCCCCGUUACAGGUAAACUACGUGAAGCGUUCCUCUUUUGACUUCCUAACUCAUUUGGAAUUUUCCUUAUUAGCUUUGGCUUUGCAAAUUUGAAAAACUCUUUGCAAAUCCCUUCAGGGAAUUUGCAAUGUUCCUAUCGGCUGUUACAAUACUCCAAUGCAAUCCUAUCGGCUGUUACAAUACUCCAACUUUAUUUUAAAUUUUCCUAACUUCCUGUUUUAAUUUCAUGACUUUCUGUUCUGUUCUGAGCGUUGUCAUUGGUGGAUUAAUAGGGAGUUUACGAUCUACGACGCGGCCGGCUCAGCGACGCAGUCUAAAUUUCAGCUCAAGAAUGAGCGGUAAGCAAUUUGAUUACUGUAAUAAAUAUUUCACGCUUUUUCAAAUAACCUUACAAACUGCUACGUUCGGCUGAAGCGAUGCAAUGUUUGCUGUAAUUUCGAUUUUAAGUAACACCUCUUGGGUCGCAUUAAGCUUUCACAUUGACUGGAAGACGUAAUAAUGCUUGUUUAACGUUGUGUUGAGAAUGACAACGCGGUUGACAAUACUCCUGGGACCACGAAUUAUUGACAGUUUUUGUCUUGCAUGACAAAUUUCUUUGUAAGUUCUUUGUAAGUUUGCAUGGCGAUAAACAUAUAAUACUAUUGUUUGUGAAAACACCAAAUUUUUUUGUUUUGAAAGCGCGUCGUCGAGGCGGCCGCGUCGUAGAUCGUAAACUCCCUUAAGCCUGUUUUCCACUAGGCGGAAUUUUGAGCGCGGAGCGGAAUUUUUCUUUGUCUUGUGUUUUCUCGGGUGGAACUAAUUAGAAAAGACAAAGAAAAAUUCCACUCCGCGCGCAAAAUUCCGCCUAGUGGAAAACCGGCUUAAUAGCCAUGCAAUUACAACGCACAGAACAGAACAGAACAGGACAGGACAGGACCGGACAGGACAGGAAGUUUGGGGUUGUUUACCAUUUACACGGAAAACCCAUCCGGUUUGAAAUUGUGCUAAUGGUAAGCAAAAUUUCGGAUAGAAAAUCCCAUUCGGAUUAUGCGCUUUCCAUUUAAUAAUUUCAAUUGUUAAAUCGAGAAGAGUCUGGAACUGGUGAAAAAAAAUAAAAAAGAUGUAAAUGGAACAACAUUUACCGCUUGAAACUUUCCAAUCGGUAAGAGAGGACAACCUUUUCAAACAAACCGUUCAUUCCGGAAAAGUUCCGGUUGGGCAGUCGAAAUAUGCUUGUUCCAUUUACUUUCCGUAUGGAAUCACCGGAAUUUCCAUGUAAAUGGUAAGCAACCUGGAACUUGUAACAGAAAGUUAAGAACUCCUAAAGGCGGUUUUCCACUAGGCGACAUUUUUCGACCGAAUCGAAAUUUCUCUUUGUUUCAUGAGCUCUCGAGCAGAACUAAUUGUAAAAAGACAAAGAGAAAUUUUGUUUCGGUCGAAAAAUUCCGCCUCGUGGAAUCAGGCCUUAACAGGAACUGAGGAAAAUUUAAUCGGCUUUUAGCAACAUUGAAAAUUCGUUCAAGGGAUUUGCAAGAGCGUUUUUUAAAUUGCAAAUUAGUCAAAAGAGGAACGCUUCACGUAGUUUAUCUUUAAAUCACUUUCAUCAUUUCUUUCAGGUAUUUGAAUACAUAACGCCACAAAAAUUUGAAUAUUGGGAGAAAGUUGGUAAAGACUUAGGUUUCGCUUAUACAGCAAGUGGUCCGUUGGUUAGGUCUUCUUACAAAGCUGGUGAGUUAUUUGUUCACACACUUGAUUUUGUACGAGGUAUAUACGAACUGAUCUAUAAAUAAAACUGGAUUGUGUAUUUACUGUGACUGCAUUAAAAUGAAGCUAUAGGAGUCCAUGCCUGUAGAAAUUAGGACGUUAUGGAGCGAUUCUACCUCCAAAGUCUAAAGGUCUAACUCCAAACCAAAAUAUACACUUGAGCAACUUGUGUAAUUCAAAACUGAGUUGAAAUAUGAAUUGUGGAGUUACUGGCUAACUCCAAAAAUCAUUUAGGAGCUAUAGGUAUCUAAGCCUGGAGUUACUGGCUAACUCCGAAAAUCAUUUGGAGCUAGGCAUAACUCCAAGAAGCAUGAAAAAAUUGGUGUCUAAGCCUUGAGUUUAAUACGGGUUAAUUGCCUAACUCCAAAGAGUAUGUGUAGCAAGGUAAAGCCAUGCAGCCUAGCCGCUAGGUAUGUAAGCCUGAAGUUACUUGCUGUGUAACUCCAAAAUUCAUUAGGAGCUAGUUAUCUAGCGGCACACUUGGUAUUCUGUUCUCGUUCAGCGGCUAUAUUUUGAUCUGCAGUUGCGGCGCAACCCAUUCUCGUACUCCUCGACCCUUGUCAUGCUCUGUUGACUGCGUGUAAGACGGGCUCUGGGUACGAGAAUGUGACAUAGCCUAGCUCCAUUUGAAGAUUGGCUACCUCCACAAAAAUAAAAUCUACAGGUAUGACUAUGUAGGCGUCAGCCAUAUACCAGGGAACCAACUGGUAACAUUUUAAACUUAUAACGUAUGAUAGGCAUUGACAGCUUGCACGGUUAAGUGAGAAAGACAUUUUCCUGUACGUUUAGGACCUUAAUUAAAUGCUGAUUUAGACUGUGCUUAACCUGCUUUAUGUCUGCAACAGUGAAUAAUAGAUUUAUUUCCACUGAUAUUCUUGCUUAGCCUGCAGGUGGUUUAUCACCGCUUUGUUGGAGUGAAUUUGAUAAAAUAUUGAGAUUUUCCUUCUUUGAAAUUCAUAUUUAAGCAUAUAUAUACUUGACGAAACCCUCUUUGUCCUUCGAAUCCCUUCCAGAUGAUCUUGAUACGCGAAAAAGUACUGGCACUAGUUGUCAAAUAGAAAUCCAUUUUAUGAUUAAAACAACUGAAUAUCUCCUGUAAUAUACUUUAUUUCGAUUCCAUAUUUUUGUGAGAGCUAUAGGUCUCAUAACCAAACAUAAUUACAAAAUUUCAACUAGUUUCAUAAAGAAUUAACGAAAGAUAUAAUUGACUGAAUACAUCAAAAUGGAUUUCUAUUCGGACAACCCUUUCUGAGCGCUGAUUGGCUAAAAUACGAACACGAGAUCACCUAGUUGGGAUUAGUUGGAACCAUCUGUAUUUUGCCUAUCUCAUAGUAUCUGUUUUCGAGAUUGCGAAAAUUUGUGAAACAAGUUUGUUUUUUAUUUAUUUAGGCGAAUUCUACCUUACAAAUUUGGUAAAUAAGCGAAAAUCGUCAGAAAAGUAAAGUAUGUACCAGCUAUAUUUGGUGCCGUAUGUAGACUUGCAGAUACUUUUUUAUUUGGAGAUAGAAUUUCUAAGAAUUUAUAUAUAUGUAUUAGGUCUGCCCAAAUUUGUACAUGAAUAAAAAAUAUUUGUUGUAAAAGUGUUCAAAUUAGUGUGAUAACAAUUUUUUUAAAACUCCGGUAGAUUCGGUGGUUAAGCGUAGAAAUAAAAAAUAUUAUUGAUACUCCUCAACCAGAAAAAAUAACUUAAUAAGCAGAUAGUUUACGUAUGGUUACAUUUGUGGUAAUUAUAAAAACUGAACGAUUUUGUUGACAAAAUUAUUUCAUGUAUAACGUUUACGACGAGUCAUUAAACACUAUAGAGUUAGAAAAAAUUCGAUUUAGGAUAGAAAAACAAUCACAAACAAGAGGUGAUAAUGGCAUGGCUAAUCUGCUGACGUGUAUCAUACAUACACGUAUUUUGACGUCCUGUUUGUCAUUUUGCGUUGCCGUUUGAAUCUAAACCUCCUUAUAUAAUUUUAUACAGAACGACGGUGACUUGGAUGAACAACGAGUUUUGAAGCCGUUGCAAAGGAUGUAAAUUAUACAGCAAGGAUCAGCAUUAGUUUUGGCUUACAUGACAUUAUAGUUGGGAGUCUGUAAUUGAUUCACAACAAUUACGUCACGAAAGUGCCGCCAUUUGUGUUUAUAACCACUAAUAUAUUUCAUUAAAACAACCAAUUAAAUGGCAAGACGAUGUCAGAAGACGAUACUUAAAACCUUGAAUUCUGUUUUCUGUAUGAUGGUGUACCAUGAAUAAACUGGGAUGGGUUUACUGUCAUUCCAAUUGAAGUGUUGCUCAAAUAUUGAUUCAAUACAUUACCUCGAGCUGACUAAUUCAUUUCAUCAAGUUCCUCGAGAUAUUCAUACAAUUCCUAGUAUAAUUGUAAACUUCCUGUUGAAUAGUUUGAAUCCACCAAUCACCUUUGUUGUUUGUGCAACUAACCAAUCAUAAAUAGAAAGGAAGUGACCAGAAAUGAUCAAAUACUUGGAAUUGACUCUUUCACAGGAAAUGUUAGCCUGCGUGGCAGGCCCUCGAAUUUAUGGGGGGCCUGAUUUGCAGCGGGCAGGAUUUUGGCGGGCUCCGGGGGAGGAAGCCCCCCCCCCCAAUAAAUUCGAGGGCCUGCCACGCGGCUAAGGAAAUAUAUGAAUAUCUCGAGGAACUUGAUGAAAUGAAUUGGUCAGCCCGAGGUAAUGUAUUGAAUCAAUAUUUGAGCAACACUUCAAUUGGAACGACAGUAAUAUUUGAAAAAUUUAAUACAAAUUGGGAUGGGAAAAUUUAAUUAAUAUCCUUAUACACCUUGUUUGCACUUUCAUCAAUUCAGAAAACACUUUAUUAAAUACAAAUAAAAACUAAUUUUAUUAAAUACAAAAUUAAAAUUUCCUAUAAUAAUAUUACAUUGCAAAUGUGUCUGAUUUAUAACAAUUAUGGUUCGUUUAUAACAAUUAUGGUUCAAAAGAUUUCCAUAGCUAGGUUGGGUCAGUAAAAACUGUCAACUUAAAUGGAAACCUAAAAGAUGGGACUAUAAACCCUCCUCAUUGUGAAUAUCUAUUAAUAGAAAAUUAAGUGAAUAUUAAAGCUGAUAUAGUAUAACUAUAUAUAUGCAUGUAUACUAUAUAGUGUUUACAAUUAUAGACAGUAUUAAGUAUAUUGAGUGAAAAUAAUUUUACAUUGCUUGAAAAUAUGGGAUCAAAAUGAAAUUUCAGUUCUCUCUAUACUAAACCACAUGCACGCAUGAACAAUCGUAUGGAUUCAAUUCACUUCCAGCUCGGCACACAAUAUCUGGUGAGCAAUAACAUUCACAAGUAUUUUUGUUAAGUAGCUUGUUUUUUCUUAGGCAUCGUUUCUUAAUACUAUCAAGACAUUGGCAAUCACAAGUAUCUGGACUCCAUAAUUUCCCGUCGCUGUUACACGGGUAGGGAUGUUUGAUGCACGUGCAACGACACUGUUCCAUGUUCCAUUCCUAACAUAUCGGGAAAACAAAGU